CAGCAUAGGAAAUAGUCGCUCAGAACCGUUCCGGACCUCUUCCGAAGAAGCCAUCGUCCAGUAUGAGAUAUCUCGCGCUGAUUUGUUUUCUAUUCGUUUCAUCGGAUUCAUUACCUACAAGAUCCAAAUAUGACUACAACUGUGAGACCAGAACCGGUAACUACGAAGGAGACCUACUUUUAACUGAACGUCAAGUAGACACAAUAAAAGCCGGGCGUGAACCCUUGAUAACAGAAGUGGACAAAUGGAUCAACAAUUUGGUUCCUUAUGUGAUGGAUGCGGAAUUUUUAUCAUUGGAACACGCUCAACUCAUCCGAGACGCAAUGGCAGAAAUCGAAGAGUUGAGCUCCAUCCGGUUCAUAACAAGAAGCCACGAGCACGCGUAUCUGGUAGUUUCCGGAGAAUCUACCGGAUGUUGGUCUACACUCGGUCGCAAUCGGGGCUUGAAUCGAAUGAAUCUUUCACCGACUGAGUGCUUCCGGAAAGGCACUAUCGUUCACCAGUUGCUUCACGUGCUGGGAUUCGUUCACGAGACCAACUCCUUGGAUCGUGAUUUUUACGUUGACAUCAAUUUAGAUCAUGUUCGACCGAAACACAAGAAUGAUUUACAAGUGUACGGAGGAGCGUCCGUGCCGGACUAUGGGAUUCCCUUCGAUGUGGACAGUAUAAUGAACUUUGGUCCAACACAUUUUGCCCGGGAUGGUCUGGACACGAUUAUUGUAAAGAACGAUAAUCGAACUCUAGGCCAAAGAGAAAAACUCAGUGUAAAGGAUAUUAGGAAGCUGAACAUGAUGUAUAACUGCGGAUGGUGCUGA